CGUGCCCGCGGCGUCCCGGGACCGGCCGGCAGCGGCGGCCGCCGAGGACGGAACAGGAAGUGGCACCGCGCCGGGAGCCGGUGAAAGGCUCCGCGGGGGCGUGCGGAGCCCGAGCCCAGGGAGGCCCCUCCCCGAGCAGCCGGCCGAGGACGAUGGGGGCGGCCGGGCUGCCGUGGGCCGCGCUGUGGGCCCUGCUGCUCCCGCUGGUGGCUGCUGAUGAGGGGAUCCUGCACGCCUCUGGGAGUGGAGUGCCUCCAGUAACUAAGGAUUACUGCAUCAUUUACAACUCCAAUUGGGUAUCUCUUCCAAAAACCUUGGACAAUGCUACUUUCAGGGCUCUGGAAAACCUGACUUCUACAGUCCUCUGCAGUUCAGCUGAAGUUCCUUCUGGCUCAAUGAAAGACAAAGCAGUUGUAGUGAUGAAAGGAAACUGCACUUUCUUGGAGAAAGCAAGAAUUGCACAAAGCUUGGGUGCUAAAAUGCUGCUGAUUGCCAGUAAAUCUAGGCUGUCGGCUGUUUCAGAUAACAAGACUGAUUUUGAAGAUGUGACUAUUCCAAUUGCUCUUAUAAGAUACAAUGACAUAGUAGAUAUGCAGCUGGUGCUUGGAAAUGAAGUUAAUGUGACUCUGUAUUCACCACCUUUGCCAGAAUUUGACUACAGUAUGGUUGUCAUCUUCCUAAUUGCUGUGUUUACAGUGGCACUGGGAGGCUACUGGAGUGGAGUAGCAGAACUUGAGAAUCUGAAAGCAGUAGCAAGUCCAGGGGAGAGAGAAACACGAUGGAAAAAGGAAGAAAAUGUUACUUUCACCCCUGUAACAGUUAUCUUGUUUGUUGUCAUCUGUUGUGUCAUGCUGGUCUUACUUUAUUUCUUCUACAAAUGGUUAGUUUAUGUCAUAAUAUCAGUCUUCUGCCUGGCAUCUGCAAUGAGCCUGUACAACUGUCUUGCAGCAUUGAUAGGAGAGAUCCCAUUUGGGCAGUGCAGGAUUACAUGUUCCAACAAAACCAUUGAAGUGAGGCUUAUUUUCCUUGCUAUAUUCUGCAUAGCAGCAGCUGUUGUCUGGGCAGUAUUUCGAAAUGAAGACAGGUGGGCUUGGAUUUUGCAAGAUAUUUUGGGAGUUGCUUUCUGCCUAAACUUCAUUAAAACACUGAAAAUGCCCAACUUUAAGUCCUGUGUUAUACUUCUAGGCCUCCUCCUUCUAUAUGAUGUGUUUUUUGUCUUCAUAACACCAUUUAUCACAAAGAAUGGGGCAAGUAUAAUGGUUGAAGUUGCAGCUGGUCCCUUUGGAAACAGUGAAAAGAGUGAUGGAAACUUGGUGGAUGUCCCUACUGAACGCUCAGCUCCCCAUGAGAAAUUACCCGUGGUUAUUAGAGUGCCUAGACUUGAACACUCUGCAUCAACACUCUGUGACUUGCCCUUUUCAUUGUUGGGUUUUGGAGACAUCAUUGUCCCAGGCCUUCUGGUUGCCUAUUGUCGAAGAUUUGAUGUACAAACAAGAUCAUCUUCUAUAUACUACAUUUCCUGCACAAUAGCUUAUGCUGUUGGCAUGGUGCUGACUUUCAUUGUUUUGGCACUGAUGAAGAUGGGGCAGCCUGCCCUCCUCUAUCUUGUACCAUGUACACUCAUCACGAGCUCCCUGGUUGCCUGGAGGCGCAAAGAGAUGAAGAAGUUUUGGAAAGGAAGCAAUUACCAGAUGAUGGAGCACCUGGAUUACACAGGAAAUGAAGAAAGCACAGCAUCAGCCACUGAACAGCCUGGAGGACAAUAAUAUGUGGGAUAUCCUGAAUUAAAAUAGCAUUUGAAUUUUUGACAGCUGAAUUACAGUAAAUUUGGUGAAAUUUUACAAUUGAGUGUUUCCCACUCUGUGUAAAAGGGUUUUUUAUUCCUGCACCUAUAUUUUUAUGGAAAAUACUGUUAAUAACAUAAAAGUAAUCAAAAUAGAGUUGCAUUUUUACAGCCAAACCAUAGCUAGUAAAACCGUGCCUUAUUUCAAUUUAAAUAAAAUGAUAUUUUCUAUGCAAUUUUCCAA